AUGGCCGCCCCUGCUAGCAAGACCAUUAAAGACCUCAAUGGCACAUGGGUUUUGAAUAAAAAACUAUCUGAUUCAGCCGACCCAGGCCUGGUUAUUCAAGGAAUUGGUUUCUUGAUCCGCAAUAUUAUCCGCGUGGCGCCUGUUACAAUCGAAGUCAAGCAGUACGAAGCACCGGGUAGUUCGCCGGCCACAGAUCCGUCCGAUGUUGUACAUAUCGAUAUUGUGCAGUCAGCUCCUGGUACCAGCCCCAGCACGGAGCUUCGCUCUCUGGAUAACGUGGCUCGCGAUCAUUCAGACUGGCUUUUUGGAGACGUCAAAAAUCAAGUGCGAUGGACUGCUCCCGAAGAAAUCGAUGACGAUUACCUUAAAUCCGGCUGGCUCAGCGAAGAAGGAGGUAAAUUCCUGAUUUACAGCCAGGAAACCAGCGUGGGCAAAGGCUGGACAGCCACACAAGUAUGGGGCUUUCAGACCGUUGAGGGAGAGCGACGUCACUGUCGUAACAUUGUGAUCCAGAAGGAGGCAAAGCGGGUUGAGUUCCGAUUUGUUUAUGACUGGCAAGAACCCAACUGA